AUGGUCAAGCUGCAGGCGGCGACCGACCGGCCUCCUGAGAUUGUUCGCAAGCCGAAACGAAAGCGACAGACACCAGCGCCACAGACCGACGACACGAAUGACGAGUCUACGACAGACAACGCAGUGACGACAGUACCCACCAAAACGCACGAUGGCGGCAAGAAGCCUCGCCGGUCGAAGAAGAAUGCCGAUGCGCCCACACUAGAGCGAAAUAACUCGUCCACCGUGGUCGAGUCAUCGAUACCAUGGCCAGCCGAGUUCACCCAACUGGCGCAAGUACAUCGAGCCUUGAAUCUUGUCUAUACAUUCUGCUGCACGCGCAAGCACUUUGCGACUACGAUAGAGAACCUGCGCAGUACAGUCGAGGCGAAUUUGAAGAGGGAGCUCAAGAACGAGGAUGUGGCCAAGAUCAAGCUACUCAUACCGCUCGCCGUCGACUUUCUAUACGUCGAUCAGACCCUUCUCGAGAUACAGCUCAUGGGCGAGGAGGAUCUGCGCGGCAAGAAGGCUGCUGGUGACAUGUUCAUGGACAGCCCUGCAGAAGUGCGAAACGUCAAAGAAGGCCUGGGCAAGGAAGAGCAUCAGGAUGUGCUGUUCUUCGAGUUCGUCGAUGGCGAAUUGAGACGACAGGUGGCAGAUCCUUUGACGGGCGAGCCGAUCAAUGCAUAUCAGAAGAUCAGGAAGGAGGAUCUGAAGAUGCCAGUGUUCAGUCAAAAGACAUUGAUGAAGUUGAUCGAUAAAAGGAAUGUGAAGUUCACAUCUGCAAUCAAUGGCUGGCUCAACGAGUGUGCCGAGAAGAGUGCUGAUCCCGUGCAGCGAUUGGAGGAAGAGCAUAAGCAAUACAUACCCCAGCCUCCGCAGAGCAGGCAGAACACACCCCCUGAGCUCUCGAAAAGCACCCUGCCGGCCAGCAUACCUGAAGAACGAAAGCACAUACCAGAAAUCAUUGAAGAGCUGAAAGGGUUAGAGUGGUACACAGGUCAGAUCGUGCCAGACGGCCACCGAGUCUUCGACCCGCAACAGCCUGUGUAUGGCGAGCUCAACUUUUCUCUUAGCCAAGAUCUGGUCGACGCCAUGUAUAACACGAAGAGUAUAACGAGUCUUUACAGCCAUCAAGCAGAAGCCAUCAAUGCCCUGCAAGAAGGACAAAACGUCAUCGUAUCUACCUCGACAAGUUCCGGAAAGUCGCUGAUCUACCAACUGCCAGUGCUGCAUACACUCGAGACUGAGCCACAGAUCCGGGCGAUGUACAUUUUCCCGACCAAAGCUUUAGCGCAAGAUCAACGGCGUAGCUUGAAAGCGAUGCUUUCGUAUAUGCCUGAGCUAUCAGAUGUUGUUUGCGAGACCUUUGAUGGCGACACCUCGUUCCCUGACCGCAACUACAUACGGGAUGAAGCGCGGAUUAUCUUCACCAACCCAGACAUGCUCCAUCUCACGAUUCUGCCACAGGAAGAGGCUUGGCGAACUUUCUUGAAGAACCUUCGAUACGUGGUCAUGGACGAGCUUCACGUAUACAACGGACUGUUCGGCGCACACGUAGCGCUUAUCAUGCGAAGGCUGCGGAGAAUAUGCGCGGCGGUGGGAAACCGCAAUGUGAAAUUCAUCUCCUGUUCAGCAACAGUGGCCAAUCCGGAAGAGCACAUGCGGACCAUAUUUGGCAUUGAAGACGUCAAGCUUAUUGACUUCGAUGGGUCACCUUGUGGACGAAAGGAGUUCCUUUGCUGGAACACACCCUACAAAGACCCCGCCGAUCCUACCAGCGGUAGAGGAGACUCAUUCAUAGAGACGGCGAGAUUGUUCUGCCAGUUGAUUUUACGUGGUGUGAGAGUCAUCUGUUUCUGCAGAAUCAGGAAGUUCUGCGAAAUCCUGACCACCGCUAUUAAGAAUGAGCUCAAUGCACUUGGAAGAGCAGAGGUAAUGAACAGAGUCAUGGCCUAUCGAGGUGGCUACACUCCUCAAGAUCGAAGACGAAUCGAAAAGGAGAUGUUCGAAGGCAAGCUGGUUGGCAUCAUUGGUACAAGCGCGCUCGAGCUUGGUGUUGACAUUGGCAGCUUGGACUGUGUCAUCUCCCAUGGCUUUCCCUACACUAUCGCGAAUUUACGGCAGCAAUCUGGUCGAGCAGGUCGACGGAACAAGGACAGCUUGUCAGUCUUGGUCGGAAACAGCUUUCCCACAGAUCAGUACUUCAUGGCCAAUCCAGACGAGAUUUUCACCAGACCGAAUUGUGAGCUGCAGGUCGAUUUGACGAAUGUUCUUGUGCUGGAAGGCCAUAUCCAAUGCGCCGCGUAUGAGAUGCCCAUCAGCGCCGACGAAGACGACAAAUGGUUUAGCAAGCAGCUUCCAGAAAUCUGCUCUGAACGCCUGCGCAAAGAUGAUCUGGGCUUCUACCACCCGGCGGACCGUUUCCUCCCUUACCCUUCCCGGACUGUAGCUAUACGUGACACGGAAGACGACCAUUUUGCCAUAGUCGAUAUGACGAACGGCCGCAAUGUCGUUCUCGAAGAGCUCGAGACCAGCCGCGCCUUCUUCACAAUCUACGAAGGCGGAAUCCAUAUCCACCAAGGCAAUAAAUAUCUCGUCAAACACGUCGACACAGAACGCAUGAUCGCCAAAGUCGAAUUCGUCAAAGUCGACUGGAUCACCCAGCAAAGAGACUACACUGACAUCGACCCGGUCGAAACAGAAGCUGUUCGACGCAUUCCCGACUCAAUGUCGAGAGCUUUCUUCGGCACCAUCAAGAUCCACCAAAAUGUCUUUGGCUUCUUUAAGCUCGACAAGAAGAACCGCAUCCUCGACGCAGUUCAAGUCGAUAAUCCACCAAUUAUCAUCUUCAGCAAAGGCAUGUGGCUUGAUGUUCCCAAACAAGCCGUUGAGAUCCUCAACUCGCGACGUCUCAAUGUGGCGGCGGGGAUUCAUGCGGCGGAACAUGCGCUGCUUAGUCUCAUGCCGAAUUUUGUGAUUUCUAUGCCGGGGGAUGUGAAGACGGAGUGUAAAGUUGCGGUGAAAGAGUUUGCGAAGAAAGAAUCGAAGCGCAAGAGGCCGGCACGUCUAACAUUCUACGACGACAAAGGAGGUCAGCACGGAUCCGGUAUUGCGGCCAAAGCAUUCGAAUUCAUUGAUCUGCUCCUUCAUCAAGCCCACGACCGGGUCGAGGCUUGCCAUUGUCUGGAGGGAUGUCUGGAGUGCUGCUGCUCAGAACGAUGUAAGGAGGCGAAUCAGGUCAUGAGUAAGGCUGGGUGCGAGGUGAUUCUGAAGAGUCUGCUGAACAAGGAGAUUGAUGUUGACAAUCUGCCAUGGGGACCCGAAGACGAAAGAGUGCCUGCUGGGAUUGAGACUGUUAUGCUGGCUGAAGAGAUCAGGCCGCGAGCUGGGCGGCAUGUUGAAGUUAUUGAAGUGAAGAGGGAGGGUGGUGGGAUAAGGAGGGUUGUGGUGGGGGAGGAGGGUGAUGUUAUUGAGGAGACGAAUGAUGAUGAGGUGGUUGUUAUUAAGGAUGAGCCUGAGGAUGAGUGA